AUGGGGUUAAUCCAACGAGAUCUGCGCGCUCUCUGGAUGGUUACGAGCACGAGCAGAUCAACAGAGUUUCCUACCCAUCAUCCGAGACAGGCAAUGUCUGCAUUCGUUGCGCCAUUCCUUGCCAGUAAGCUGCGUGCUGGACGAGAUCUGGCAAUAAUUCGAACCAAAAUGUCAGCUGAAGCGGCAGCGAGACCGAAAGUGACUUUGUAUACCAUGCCAAUAUCAUGUUACGGCGCGAGGGUGCGCUAUCUCAUACGCCGUAAGAAGCUCACCGAAGACCAGGUCCAAAUUAGCCUACCAAAAGACCUGGGCGGUAUCAAAAGCGAAGACUAUCUCAAGAUGAACCCGCUUGGCAAAAUGCCCGCUGCUUACAUUGAAGAGCCGAAGGGGCCGUUAUUCCUUUACGAAAGCUCCGUGAUUUGCGAGUAUCUCGCUGAGGUCUUCAGCGACCAAGAUCCUUGUUUUAUUCCAAAGACACCGGAAGCACGAGCAAAAGCGAGACUAAUAGCAAAUUUGCUCGAUGUAUACGUGGGACCGCAUCACAUGUACAUGUACAAAAAAACGGAUGCAGACAGAGCCGAGGGAGUCAAGAAAAUGGACCAGGGGUUCGACGCCAUUGAACAUACGUUGAGCCUUGACGGACCGUAUGCAGUGGGUGAUCAACUCUCAAUUGCUGACUGUUGUUUGUGGGGCAAUUGGCCAUUUUAUGACUUCAUGUUACCCACGUUUUUUGCAAGGCAUCCAACAGACGGGAGACCUAAGUUAGCUGCCUGGUACAAGCACAUGCAAACCGAGUCUUCAGCCGCAAGAGAGGUUUACGCAGAUGUCUUCAAUGCACUAUAUUCAUGGUGGGACAGGGGCCGCUGGAACGAUCUAGGAAUGACUGCAGUAACACCACGGCCCGAAAUAUCAUUUUAA